GCGCUGUAGGGACUACAGUGACAGUCCCCGGGGUGGGGCAUGGGCCAGUCAUGGCGGAGCCUUGGUCUGGGCAGUCCUUGCAGGCUCUACCGACCACGGUGCUGGGCGCGCUGGGCACCCUAGGCAGCGAGUUCCUGCGGGAGUGGGAGGCGCAGGACAUGCGCGUGACCCUCUUCAAGCUGCUGCUACUGUGGUUGGUGUUAAGUCUCCUGGGCAUCCAGCUGGCGUGGGGGUUCUACGGGAGUACGGUGACAGGGCUGUAUCACCGCCCAGGUCUGGGCGGCCAGAAUGGAUCCACACCUGAUGGCUCCACGCAUUUCACUUCUUGGGAAACAACAGCAAAUGAACCUCUCAAAACCCACAGAGAAUAAGGGAAGGCAGCAGAGGGAUCUCCAGGGACAUCACCGGGUCUGCUGGUUCCCACACGGGGUUCUGCUGCUGCUCAGACCCCAGAGACAACGGCAGGGAGGUCAGGGUUGGGGGCAGGGAUUACCCCAGUGCUUGCAGGCCUGGGCUUCCACUGCGCUUGGCCUUGCCUCCAUCAGCUCCAGGCAUUGGGCCAGUAAAGUUUGCCUCUACCCUGAUCUGGGUGCCUUAAGGAGAAGGCAUGCUCCUCCCUCCUCUCUUAGGGGUCAGCUCAGAAGCCUCUGGGUUGGAGAGGCCAACAGUCCAUUUUCUGCCUUGGCUUUUUCCUGUCCCUCUUCCCAUCCCCCUGGGAUGUGACCCCAUAGAAAUUUGUCCUGAGAGAAAACUUAAGGUUGACCAGCUCUGGGAUUUGUAAGGGAAGCCUGUUUUCCCCUAAGCUCUAGGUUUCUUGAAUUUGUUUUUGCUUUGUUGGCAGGGAGCCAGGGAAUUCUGGACUGGACAUGGCCUUACACUGUGUAGUUACUUAGCUGGCCCAUUCAAGUGUAAGGCAGGGGGGAGCUGGCACCAAACUGGACUUGGAGGCACCAAACACCCACCUCCCUGGCCCAUCCAGAGCUUUCCAUUUGUGAGUCAGGCUAUGGAAAUGGUCUUUUCCUGGAUAUCAACUCAUUCGUACUUCUCUCAGUCCUUGUUGGGAAGCCGGGUGCCUGAAAGAGGCUGAGCCCCGGGGGGUGGCCUUCCACCCCCACCAUUUUUAAGUGCCCAUGGGGUUAUACCCUGCCCCCUCACAGGGAGAUACUAAGCAGUUAGUGAGGAGUCGCCCUAUCCCACCACGCCCUGCAGCUUCAUCACUUCCCAUCUUGACCCGAAGCCACAGGAGCCUCAUCCUAAGAGGCCACUGUCUCCCCACUAGCACCAUCUCAGCCCCCCAAGAACUGUCAACCGGGAAGAGCCAUGGGCCUGCCACCUACACUGUGGGCCGGGGGAGCUUACAAAGGUGUGGGUGGCACAUGCAGUUUCUGAAAGCAGCGUACCGCUAGAACUGCCUCCCAAGGCCAUACUCCUACCUGCUUCUGCCGCGCCACCAGCUACCUCAGUGUCCUGCCGCCUGCUUGCUCUAUUAGAGGUCACAUUUCCAUCUAGCAGCCUUUGGCUGGCCACCUUGGCAGCAGAGGUGCACUGGAAGUAGGACCACACUGAACUGAUGGACGUGGACUUCCUCCGGAGCUACCUUCUGGCUGGUAGGAUGACAGUUUUGUAGCCCCAGCCCUGCCCAUUGACACCACCCUGCAGAACCAGGGUCUCACGUUUCACCCCAGGUUCAACUGAGGAUGUAGCUUAUUAAACAUGGAAGUGC